UUUUCUCUUCCCCCGGCCCCCAAUGAUGGAGAUCCACGCCAUUUCCAGCAGCAACACUAGUUUAAUUAUGUAAAUAAUAAUAAUAAUAAUCACACACAUAAUUACGAAAACCGUCUCUUCCCUUCGAAAUCUGGUUUUAGUUUGUUCGCCAGCCAUGGCCGUUUCUCUCAUCAUCAUCUUUCCAAUCCCUCCCAAACCCCCUUUCUCUCUCUAGCCAACUCCUCCCUCCCUCUUCCUCUUCGUUCGUUCCGUCCCUCUCCAAUUUCAGCCUUCGGCGUCUUCUUCUGAAACCAAUCCUCCACGCCAUUUCCUCAGUCCAAUUCCCAUGGCGAUCGUCACCGGCGAUCGCUACUUGGAAAAGCUGGUCCACUUCGUCGAGCAACAGGCCGGUCCGCUGAUCGACGGCCCGCUCGUCCUCAAGCUCAACCCGGCCGGUCUCCACUACGUCCACUCCCGCCUCGAGGCCUUGCAGGAGCUAGAGAAUCUCGUCUCCGGUGCUCCUGUUGACUACCUCCGCGCCUACGUCUCCGACCUAGGGGACUACCGCGCCCUCGAGCAGCUCCGCCGCAUCCUCAGGCUGCUCACGUCGCUCAAGGUCGUCUCGGUUCUGCCGCCGCCGACGCGAGAUCCUACGCCUUUGUCCUUGCUGCCGUUUGAGAGAUUGAAGGUCUUGGAGCUUAGAGGAUGUGAUUUGUCUACUUCGGCUGCUAGGGGUUUGCUUGAGCUGAGGCAUACUUUGGAGAAGAUCGUCUGCCAUAAUUCUACUGAUGCUCUUCGGCAUGUGUUUGCCAGCAGGAUUGUGGACAUUAAGGAUUCUCCACAGUGGAACAAGUUAUCGUUCGUGUCAUGUGCAUCUAACCGCUUGGUUUUGAUGGAUGAGUCGCUGCAACUUCUUCCUGCUGUUGAGACUCUUGAUUUGAGUCGAAAUAAGUUUGCUAAAGUUGAUAAUCUGCGGAAAUGUGUCAAUUUGAAGCACCUGGAUCUUGGGUUCAACCAUCUGAGGAGAAUUGCUCCCUUUGGCGAGGUACCAUGCAACAUUGUUAAGCUUGUACUGAGGAACAAUGCAUUGACAACACUGCAUGGCCUUGAGAACUUAAAGUCGCUAGAGCACCUUGAUGUCUCAUAUAACAUUGUUUCCAACUUUUUGGAGCUGGAGGUCCUUUCAAGCCUUCACUCACUAUCCAACUUGUGGCUGGAAGGAAAUCCGUUAUGUUGCGGGAGGUGGUAUCGAGCACAAGUAUUCAGCUUCUUUUCUCAACCUUGCAAUUUGAAGCUAGAUGACAAACCCAUUAGCACAAGGGAGUACUGGAAGAGACAAAUCAUAGUUGCUAGCAGACACAAGCGACCUGCCAGCUUUGGAUUUUAUUCUCCUGCUGUAGACGAUGCUUUAGGAGAGAGUUGUAUCAACAAGAAAAAGCAAAAAGUAUGUCGUCUUGCCUCAAUCAAGAGUGAUGAAGAUUGUGUCUCUUCUAUGUCUGAUCCGGAGUCUUCCACAUGCAAUCAUGAGGCUCAAAGCAAGGACGAAAACAUGAAUUCUGAUGAUGAAGCUGAGAUUGUCAAUUUGAUCAACAGAGUUGAACUCAUGAAGAAAGAGCGCUCUUCUCUCUGGUUGAAAGAAUUGAAGGAAUGGAUGGAUCCUGAACCUGUGAAAUCUGUGGAUUGCAAUCGAUAUAAUGGCUCCAUCUCCAAGGCUGCAAAAGGAAUCAGUGAAGGAAAGAAAGCAAGCAAGAAGCAUCAGGGAGAAGGGUCAAGAUGUUCCUGUGACUAUCUUCAAGCUUCUGAAGAUGAGACUGGCAGAAAUGUUUUUCACCCCAACAGUUCCUUUGUGGACGUUCAUAGUGAUGCACAGGGUGGGAUUGCUGUACCGGAUUCUGGAAGGAAGAUUUUCAACUUGAAGUAUCAAGGGCUAGCUACUCCAUCUGUGCAAACCGCGAGUUCGCAUCUUGAUAGUUCCAAUGUCCAAAGAGGCGGGGGGAUGGUUGAAAAUGCUAGACUAUCACCAUUGAGCACAAUAGAUGAUGCAACAGAAUCUCUGUCAUCUUCUAAUUUCCAUGGGUCUCCACCUCACUAUCAAAAGGACCUUCUGCACCGUCGCCAUAACCUGGUGGAGGAAAUUAUGCAGCUUUCUGCCGAUUCCUAUUCAGUGGUAUCUUCUGAUACCGAUACAACUGCUAGCGAAGAUGAAUUUUAUGACAUUGGGCAUCCUAUGUAUCAAGUUGAUGAUGGAAGUCAGCUGACUGAAGAAAACUGUAAUCCAAAUCUUUCAAGGAUCUCAUUAUCAGUAGGCAAUUGUGAGAAGACUGGUGAAGGGAAUUCUAUUCAUCACAUAGGAGGUGACAAAUAUGGAUUGCACUCGCAUUCUGGACAAAUCUCUAGUAUAUCAGAAAGAUCAGGUGUAUGGACCAAUGGUUCAUCUGGUGUUACUUGCAAUGGUGUAGCUCGUAAUUUUGAUGAUCAAGAGGUUCAUGAGGUGGAGAAGAGAAAAAGCAGAAGGAAAGCAAGGAGAAUUGGUCGAAUAGCAGAAAAUUUGGUUGAAUGUACAGGCCCAUCAGAGAAGUCUAAUAGUAGUCCAAAUGCUUGUGAAGGCAUAAAAGAAAAUCAAAGGGAGCAAACAGUUGAGGGAAAUGGUAUUCUUGAGGCCAUUGACGAGAAAUGGUUGCAUACUAGUGCAUUUAGUUCAAUACAUUCAACUGUUGGUAAAUCUUCCGUUGAUUCCAUAGAGAAAAACUUCCGGUGAUGAGACCUGUCUUUAUUCUGUGUUCUGCAGUUGUAUUCUUGAGACAGAAGCAUCACUCAAGGAAAGGUAGACUUUCUUCUGAAGUUGCUUAAUUAUAUAUAGUAUGAAGUCAUUGUUCGCUGCACUACACUCUUGAGAUGGAGCUUGUGUAAUUUGCCAAAGCUCUUCGUUUGGUCUGAAGUUUUCUUUUCAUUCAUAUAAGCACCCUUUGGUGACUUUGAAAUCAAUUUUAUGUUACCGGGGGGAACAAUGUGUCAUAGUGGAGGAUGUUAACACCUUGUUAUCUCACUCAGCACUGUGUCUCCCCACGACGCAUAAAUUUGAUUGACAUGUAUGCAUCUUCUCUCAAGACUGACUCUAGGAUUAACCAUGGGUGAAUGCUGUUUUAAUUUACCGAUUAAGAAGCUCAAGAACGAUAAUACAUUAGUUCUCAAAAUAGUUUCUAUUUCUAAAUUGCUUGAGACUCCUUGCAAAAAGAGGGUGUAGGUACUUCAUGGCUUUCUGUCUUAUGUAACAAAGUUACUAGGUUUUCUUUUGGUAGAAACCAUCGUUAACCAAAGCAUUAAAUUGUUUCUCUGCAUUGCAAUUAUUUCUCUGUUUUUGGGAGUUACCAUUAGUUGUAAUUCGGUUUGAUCUGGGGCAUUAGUUUGUUCUAUAGCAUCUCAUAUAGCAAAGGGUACGAAAUUCUGGGUUUUAUCACAGCUUUUCUUACUAGUCAUUGAAUUCUCUGAGUUUGUCUGGAUGCAGUGAAGUUGUGUUAUUACGGAGCAGUGAGAACAAGCUGUAUUUGCUGCUUAUCGGUUUAGCUUUGAACGGUACAGGAAAUACUUUCACUUUGUUACGUUCACACAAAAUUGAAGAUGUUAGUGAAGUCAUGAUUGGCAUUGGACUUCAGAUCGUGAGAGUGUCCAUCCAGAGGCAAGCAACCUACUUGUUUCUGACAAGGAGCAUUGAAAAGUUGAGGCAGCUCUUUUUUACCUUGGAUCUUUACAGUUCCUUGACGUCAAAUGAGACUUGUUCAUUCAGAAGUUUGGAGCAGGUUCAGGUUGAGUUGUUUGAGAAACAAAUAUGUGGUGGUUCAAGAACAAGCAUAUAUCAAUAUUCUAUGGUUUAUUUCCGUCACAACAACAAAGGUGCAUCUUGGUACUUGAGAUCACUAUUUGUAGUCAAAGGCAGUUUACUUGUGUGCACCGAGGACCUCAAACAGUUUGGAUCUCCUCUGGAGGACGGUGCACCUUCUUCUUUGCCAGCCGCAUAUUUCUCCUUGGAUGCUCGGUGCUCUAUCAGUGACGUACUUGAACUGGUAAUAGAUGAUGCAGAAGAGAGCUGUUGUACAACCCUGAUCCUAGCAAAGGACACGGUAGACACAUCGACCAAAGGACGAAGAUGGGUCGACAGUUGGAGACCUGGUUCGGGAUGCUUGGUAUGGAAACUCAGGUGGUUCUCAUUGGAAAGCUUGUCGAACUUUGUUGCAUUGAUCAAGGCAAGCAGCCAUACCCGGUCUCCUCCGCUACUUGUAAAAAGUGUACGUUAGAUUAGAAGCAACACAGGGUUAGAUAGUCUUUUUGUAGGGUUUGCUUUGCCUCCUUUUCUUUUUUCCAUUUCAUUCAUUCGUCUCCUUUAUAGUGUGGUUCAGUUGAUCUCUUAUUCUUUGGUUGCAUAUUAUUGGCUUCAAUCUUUUGUGUAAAAAAAGCAAAUAGUGUACAGUACUACUACAGUUUUUAGAAAAUACAAUGAAGUCAGGAACUAAUGGUCGAUCGUGCAAUGCUGCUACUGCGCACCCUUGUCUAUUUUGCCCUGAUCUGGCUACCUGGCCAGGGCAUCUGGAAGC